AUAAGGUGGAAUGGGAAGACCGGAGAAAGUAUAAAAGAGCUCGGUGCGACGGUGAAGUUGGCUCUAAAGAAGCCUGUAGAACACUUGGACAUUUUUCCGUAUAAUUACUUUUUACCGAUUAAGCCAAAGUAAGAUCACAAAUGUCAGCACAGAGUCAGACUAGUGUGAUGAAGCUGUACCACAGUGUUAUAGAGGAUGUGGUAGCUGGAGUACGGGACUCCUUCCUUGAUGAAGGUGUUGACGAGCAGGUGUUACAAGAAUUGAAACAGAUAUGGGAGACCAAGUUACUAUCCAGCAAAGCUCUUGAGUUGAAUCCAGAGCCUCCUGAACCUCAGCCACCACAAAUUGGUACCCAGAAAGAUGGCCGAGGCAAUAUAUCUGGAAAAUCUGUAAAUAUUGGAAACCAGAUGACAGUUUUCACAACCAACCAGCAUGGAGGACAACAGAUUAUUGGUACUCAGCAAACGCAGUUGGUUCAGCAAACAGCCCAGCAAUCUACAACACAGUCACAAUCAGUUCAACAGCAAACACAGCAACUACAGCCAAAUUCAGUGCAACUGAUGCAGCAGACUCAGCAGGGACAACAGCCACAGCCACCUCAGCAGACAGCCACUGUGAUCACAACUGACCUGAACAAACAGGUCCCUAUUCAUAUCACUUUGCCAGCACAAGGAGGGGCAGGAGACUCACAGCCACGAAUUCUCACCAUUCAGGUCCCAGCUUCUGCUUUGCAAGGGAAUCAGUUGCACACUGUACUAACAGGACCAAUAAUAGCAGCUACGAUGGCAUUGCCGCAGAACCUUGCAUCCUCCUUACUGCAACAGCAUGUGACGGCAGCUCUGCAGGGGCAGGCAGCAUCAGGAGCAUCUCAGAUGCAGCAGUUGGCUACAGUUGGUGCAGCUGUUGCUCAAAACACAACCAGCAAUGGAAAUGUGAUGCCAGGACGUCAGGGUUUCCAGCAAGCCACUGGAACCGUGAGGCAGUUGGACGGUCUCCAUGACACUUCUGAUGAAGAUGAUGAUGACGAUGAUGACGACGACGAUGAUGAUCUGGAUGAAGAUGAUGAAAAUGACGAUAAAGAUGAUGAAGAAAAUGAAGAAGAGAAUGAUGGAGGCCCAGAGGAGGAGCCACUUAACUCAGAAGAUGAUGUCAGUGAUGAGGACCCAACAGACUUAUUUGACACAGACAAUGUUGUGGUGUGUCAGUAUGACAAGAUCACACGAAGUAGAAACAAGUGGAAGUUUUAUCUCAAAGAUGGGAUUAUGAACCUGGGUGGCAAAGAUUAUGUGUUUCAAAAGGCUAAUGGUGAUGCAGAGUGGUGAGAAUUUGUGCAGAGAAGGAAACUUUUCUUCAGAAAUAUUAUCAAGUUAAGGUCAGUGACACAUUGUUACCAGUUGAGAAUAUUAUCGGCACUUGGAAACAUAUAUACUUGUGCAGCAGUAUGGAUGUGGUUGUAGUUGUGUGUUUAAUGAGUGUUUGGAAGACAGACUACCUAAUCUUCUGGAAUGUAUAGAAUCUGUACUUCAGGUCCAGUGUGUGGGAUGCAAGAGGCAGAGGAAGAUUAUAUUCUCUGAAUAGUCCAGUUCUUUUAAGUUGAUAAGGAAGAAUGUACACUACUGCAGCUCUUUGUCAAGCCAGUCAGUUCAGCCAAUAAAAUAUUCUAAAUGCUUUUGAUGUAAGCUCAUUAUUCCAGACAUUUAACUGGGAUGUGCCAAAAGUUUCACCCAUGAUUUUCAGGCAAAAUUUAAUUAGUGUGAUACCAUAUCUCCUUAAGAGUCUGUAUUAAGAGUUCUCAAAAGCUUGAAGAAAUUUAUUUGAAAGGUGCUUAACCAUCUUGCCAGGAGCACACCAGUUAAAAUGAAUUAUAUAAUUCAGUUAAGCUUGCAUCACCAGCAUGAAAAUGUUCCUUUAUAACAACAAUAUCAUUGUAUCUGUUGAAUAUUUAUGGAAGUCAUUAUUGCAAAAGUAUGUGUUUGUGUGCUUUUUCUGUUUGCACGCGUGCGUAGCCACAUGUGUGACCAAAAUGCAGUGAGAGAGAGAGACCAUGAUUUGUAUGUCCACAAAUGAAUCUGAAAAGCUCAUAGGGUAUAUUUUAUACUCCUGUGUGUGUGUGUUUUUUUUUUUUAUGAAAUGGAAUGUAGUAUGGGAAAUGUGAUUUUUAGUAAAAUUUAUUUUCAAGAAUUACAAGACUUUAUUUCACUGGGAAAAGAAAUAGGUGCAUCUUAUACUUUGACUUCGUAGUCAGUGAAUAUCUGGGUUGAACAUUCAUAGGUGCUUAUACAUAGCAAGAAAAGAGUCAUCAGUGUGAGAAACUCAGCACAUGUAGAUGCAAUGUAAAUAAUGUACAGGUAAAAUUUACUAUAAUGGAUAUCACAAAUAAAAUAAUAACGAAACAUUACUAUAUUGUAAUUAAUUAAUGUAAUUAAUUACAUUACUCUUGUAAUGGCCUCAUUAAAUAAGUCAAGGGUAUGGGGUAGGGCAGUUAUGCAGUUUUCCUGUAUAUUUAAUUGUUCAUGUAGAAGAUGAAUUUCUAGCAGAAAUGGAAUUUAGUUCCUCUCAUUUUAGGUUUUUCCUUUAUGUAAUAUUCAUUUCAGUGAUUCCAGGUUAAUCUCAGUAUUCUGUAAUGUCAAAUUAGGGUUUUCUUAAAUUUAUUAUUCAUAUCCACUGUUCACUGUAUGUACUUACUUUAACUUGUAACUUAAACUGUGCUGUGUAACUGUUACAUUUACCCAUUCUAAUUUUACACUUCCAGCAACAUAGAAGUGCUUUUUCAUAUAUAAUUCAUACAGUGCACAUUAGCACUACUUACCACUUCUCACUGGUCCUUUUGUAUGUGCUGUUUCUUUAUGUAAUGCUGACACAGCUGUGCAAAUAUAUAUGUUACUUCCUUGAUAAUGAA